AUGGUGCUAGUUGGCUUAUCGCCCGGCCAAGUUCGCCUCCAGCUUACCGUUUUCACCGAAGAUGAGUCCCUCACCGGCCAACUAGUUUCAUUUGUCGGUGACCAGAAUGAUCGGAAAUUACAACCCGUCUCGCGCCUCUCCAAGGAACUCAUCAUCAACGUUAUACCUCGUCUAAGUCUUGCCUUCCCUCCACGCAUGAAUCCGCAAAUCCUUAUGUCGCCGCAUGGCCGGCUACGGAUUCGUCUGCCUCCUUCAAUCGCCACGGAAUCCAGCAUGGGCGUGAAGUACUCCAUCGACUGUCCAUCAUCGGUGGUAAUGCAUAGUACUCGUUUCUCCACAACCGAACUGGCCAGUGUCACAGCCUCGGGUUUG